AAUACAUCCUGCUGUCAUGUACUGAUUACAUAUACGUUUGUGCCGAUUUCUGUUAAUUUCCGCGAAAGUCUGUUAAAGUGAAAUAUCGGGUAAAGAAUUUAUGAUUUUUGUUCCUCAAUUUUUGGAGAUAUGAACAUCCGAGUAAGUAUUUGUUUUUCUGUUAAUGGGAAGUAAGUACAGGAACGAAUCGUGUUUUGGUUUGAGUUUGCUUCAGUUGAAGUUGAAUCCUAUGCGUAGAAUUCCCUCCCUUCUAGACAUAGUGACCUGUAGUGAACAGCACGACACACGGUAGUAUAACACAUCCGAUAGAAUAGUACGAUUAUGAUUUGGAGCAUCUCAAAAGUCACUAACAAGCGAGAUUUUUGUUCCAUUUUCUUUUCCGUUGUUCAAUUUUGGUCAGAACAAGACGGUGAGCGUAUGGCACCUACUCAUAGUUUGUCAUCAUAUGCAGGAUAUCAUACGCCCAUCGAGGAUGAAAUUGCGGGAGGUUCCAUGAUUAUCGAGGGCGAGGGAAUAUCGGAUAUUCCUUCCGAUAAUGGAGGACUGGCUAUUGGUAGGGGAUCUUAUCACACACAGGCACCCUCACCAAGCUCGGCACUGAUGACUGUUUCACUGGAUGCUUAUUUGGAUCCGCAGCGUAUGUCAUUCGAAUCACCAAAUGAGUUGUUAGCAAGAGUGUGCAGUCCAGAUGAUACAUUUCCAGUGUUUUCGCCACCACCGUGCGAGAAGGAACAACCGGCUCUGGUGAUUCAUAAUGCGAACACUUUAUUACAUCCCAAUAAAACCGCAAUGCAAACUCGUCAGCAUCGCCGGCAAUCUAGCUUGAAUGCUGUAUCUUGGCCUAACCCAAACGAACUCACUAUUAGCCCGAGGCAGCGUCGACUCUCUAAUAAUCUUACUCCGGGAGAAGAUAAUGUAGAUCAGGCACCAUCACCCCGUUCACCGCGAUCGCCUCGCGCGAGUAUGCGCCACCAGCACCGUCGUCAGUCCAGUAUGGGUACUUCGGUGGCACCGGAAGAACUAACUGUUGAUCCUAGUCGCAGACGGUCGAGUUUUCUGGUUUCCCUCUUCGUAGACGAUGAUGCCACUCGGUAUGAUGAUUUGACUACCAUGGGAGGAACCAGAAAACGAUCUCGCGCCCGUAGCUUCUGGGGUCCUGUUGGGGAGGCCGGUUUUCGGGAUUCAAUUCGUUCGGCAACGUCUCGUUCACCAGUUUCGCAUCACGAGUGUAAUUAUGAUCGAAUCGAUCUAUUUAUCGAUGUUUCUCGCUUUCAAUUCAGGAAAAAAAAUGUCCCUUCCCUCAUGUCGGCUUGUUGUAAAUAUGCGCUGUUGGUUGACAGAUAAUCGGUUGGUGUUAUGUGCUACGAAGUUACGUUUUCUAACCAGUUUUAGUUUCAAUUUCGAAUACCCACCGAUUAUCGAUUGUGUAGAUACUUUAUUCGAUAACCCCAACUCAUUAAACUCCAAUACGUUAUCAUUACGGAUUUUCCCAGGAGUGGUACGUAAUAGGUUUGUAAAUAACAAAGGGACAGAAAUAAAGCUAAUAUUUCCAAACAAAACGUUCGUUUAUGUUGAGAGUUAAAAAUUAGCUGUUUCAGAUAUACAGGAGAGUUUAUUUCCGAAAAUCCUUGCACUUCACCAGUUACAGCACGCCAAACUCGCGGAGCGUAGCUUAUUCACUACACCAAUUGCUGCGUUUCUAAUCACAACGAGUACAAAAUGCUUUUUGCUUUUAUUUACCAACACCAAUUUAAUCACUACUGAUUUUACUAAUUGUUAUCUUACACUAAAUUUUGUUUGCUCAACGCUCUGAAAUUGUGUGCCUUAUU